UGUGCGUGUGUGUGCGUGUGUGCGUGUGUGUGCGUGUGUGUGUGCGCGCGCGUGCAUGCAUGUGUAGUAAAAAAUGGUCAGUUCUUGUCUCCCACUUCUAACAUCCUUCUUAACACACUAAACCUUCAUUUUUCACUUGAAUAUGGUAGGCUUUAUUCCUUCCUUGGUUAGUUGGCAGAUUUCACCAGUGCAUGCUUAACAUAAUUUUAAUUUAUUUUUCAGAUUGAGGAUUUCAUAAGUAAAGGUGUUUUUAAAGUAAUUAAUGGCAAUGUAAAAUUAUUGAUUUUGUGUUCUCACACACAAAUGCAAAUGCCGGAUUUCUUCUUCGUUACAGAAUUAUUCCGUCAAUCAUAUCCAAGCACAGAAUCUCUGCCUACAACUGUGUCUUCCCGCUCCAAGGUUUCCACCCAGCCCUCAGACCUGGAGCCCACUUAUCCUCCCCUCCCUCCAUACCCUCCCCCACCUCCUUCAACUUCUCCACCGCCUUAUAGUUAUGUCACUCGUGACCAAUCCUUCGAUGGUGGGAGUGGGGGAUCAUACCAACAACGGGAUGGGGCCUCUUCCCCCUCCCAGCGUGACCGACCCCCACCAUACUCAUUUGCUCCACGUACCUUGCCCCAUGACAUGAAUAAACCCCAACCAGCCCCUAGACACCAGUUCUUUAAGGCAGAGAGUUUGACGCUUGACCAUGGGGCCUCUGACCGAGACUACCUCAUGAUACGAGAGCGCGCAGACAGGG